UCAUCUGGGCUUUUUAAAUCUAAGCCAUUAAAAUGACUAAGUUUCCUUCUUUUUUUCUGUGUUUCCUAAUAGCCAGGACUUAUAUGACUGCAAAGUGUUUCAACGUGGAGAUUAUUGGAGGGAGAGAAGUGUCACCGCACUCCAGGCCGUUUAUGGCUUCGGUGCAGCACGGCGGCCAGCACAUCUGCGGGGGAGUUCUGAUCCACCCGCGGUGGGUGCUGACAGCAGCCCACUGCCACUCUCAGUUUGCCAAAGACCAGUCCUCCAAAGUGGUUUUAGGAGCCCACUCUCUCUCAAAGAAUGAGGCCUCCAAACAAAUAUUUGAGAUUAAAAAAUUCAUACGAUUCCCAAGAUUCACAUCGGAUCCUAAAUCGAAUGACAUUAUGCUGGUUGAGCUUCACACGGCCGCAGAACUCAACAAACAUGUCCAAUUGCUCCACCCAAAAGCCAAAAAUGAUAUUAGAGCUCGAACAAAAUGCCAGGUCGUUGGCUGGGGAGCUACUGACCCAGAAUGUUUAAGGCCCUCUGAUGUCCUGCAAGAAGUCACUGUUGCUGUCAUAAGUCGAAAAGUUUGCAACAGCCGAAGUUAUUACAACCAUGACCCUGUUAUAACUAAAAACAUGGUGUGUGCAGGAGACGCCAGAGGCCAGAAGGAUUCCUGCCAGGGUGACUCAGGGGGCCCCUUGGUCUGCAAAGGUGCCUUCCACGCCUUAGUCUCUGGAGGUCGUAAAUGCGGUGAUGCCAAGAAACCUGGAAUCUACAUCCUAUUAACCCCGAGAUUCCAGGCUUGGAUCAAAAGCAAGUUGGCCCCGUCUCAUGCAGAUUAAGACUGCAGAUGAUUGUCUUGGCUCUACCAGCUGCUUGUCUCCAGCUUAUCUCCAGAGGCAGCGGAAUGUAGCCAAAGUGGAGCACAGUUAGGGUCCACUCCUGACCCAAUAGGACUGAUUUUGUUAAGGAAUCAAA